CCAGCAAGCCAGAGGAGGAGAGCGCUGCGAGCGAGAGAGCGCGGCGAGCACCAGCAUGGCGGGGCUCCGGCGGCCGCAGCCCGGCGCCCACCGCCGCACGGCAGCUGCGGCGAACCUUCUGCUGGGCGUCUUCCAGGUCCUGCUGUCCUGCUGCCGUCCGGGAGGGGCUCAGGGACAAGCGAUUGAGCCCUUGCCGAACGUGGUGGAGCUGUGGCAGGCUGAAGAAGGGGAACUCCUGCUGCCCACUCAGGGUGACUCUGAAGAGGACAUGGAGGAGCCUUCUCAAGAACAGAGCUUCUCAGAGAAACUGUUCACUGGAAAAGGCUUACAUUUCCAGCCGUCGGUUCUAGAUUUUGGGAUACAGUCCCUGGGGCAUCCUGCAGCGAAGCUUCUCUACGCAUACAACCCCAGCAGGGACAGUGAGGUUGUGGUGAACUCAGUGUUUACAGCUGCUAGACACUUUCAUGUUCCGCCUGUCCAUUGCAGGGUCGUCCCAGCGAUGGGGAGAACUUCCUUCAGGAUUAUUUUCUUACCUACUGAGGAAGGGAGCAUCGAAAGCUCUUUAUUUAUUAAUACCUCUUCACACGGAGUCCUUUCCUACCAUGUGUCUGGAGUGGGCACUCGCGGAGUCUCUACAGAAGGGUCUGCUGAGCAGCUGCCGAACGCAUACUUUCUGCUUCCGCAGGUCCAAAGCAUCCAGCUUUCACAGACACAGGCAGAAACCACUAAUGCUACCCUCCUGCGGGUGCAGCUGGAAUGCAGUUUACAUAACAAAGUGUGUCAGCAGCUAAAGAGUUGCUAUCUGGGGCCUGGCAACACUUUACCCUUGGAGAUGAGCAUAGUGGUCGCCGUGGAAAACUCCUCGAGGCAGCCUGAAGAGAGCACGCAAGCCCUCUUAGAUCACCUCUCUAUUGUUUACGUAGCUACUGCUGAGUCCGGGAGCACAGACGAAUCUGCAGUCAAUAUGUAUGUGUUGCAUUCAGGAAACAGCCUGAUUUGGAUACAGGAUAUCCAUCACUUCUCGCAGAAAAACGCCCUGUCUCUGCAGUUUGAACCCGUGCUGCUACCCACUUCCACAACAAACUUCACAAAGAUCGCUUCAUUUGUUUGCAAAGCAGGUUCCUCGUGUGACAGCGGAACUGUGGAUCUGAGGAAAAGGACCAGCAGCCCAGCUCUGAGAGCCUGCCUCUCCUCUCCUGUGGUCCAGGGGUAUUUCAGAGUGGAUGCCUCUGCAGCCCAGUUUCACAUAGAGAGUCACGAGAACGCGACAGGAGUGUGGUCGAUAUGGUACCGCAGCCAUCUUGACCACAGCAUCGUAUUAAAAGACGUGUCUGUCUCCAAGGAGGCCAGGCACAUUUUAAAGGUUCUGAGCUUCCCUGGCCCUUUGUUUCUACCCCCAGGCUGUUGGAAUAUAUUUUCCUUGAAACUUGCUGUUAAAGGCAUUCUCUUAAAUCUGCUCACCAAUGUGUUUCUGACUACGAACACGGGCGCCAUUUUUGCGAUACCUCUGCAGAUUUUCUCGGCCCCAACCCAGGAAGGGAGUCUGGGUUUUGAAGUGAUAGCACAUUGUGGCAUGCAUUAUUUCAUGGGAAAAGCAAAGGCAGAAUCUCCUCCUUGGGAUGGAAGCCUUUCUCUGGAUCGCUCUACCUGGGACGUGGAUUCUGACCUUGCAAAUAAACUGUAUGAAAGAUGGAAGCAUUACAAAAGUGGCCACGUUUGCAGGAGAAAUGUUUUGGGAAUGACUCAGUUUGCCUCUGCGAAGAAAUCCAAGGACUCAGAACCCUUGGUUUCCUUUUUGCCCCGCUUGGUCCUGGAGCCUGGCCUCGUGUUGAACUUCGGUGCUACUGCCCUCAGGAACAGCAUGGUGAAGCACUUUGUGGUGAGGAACCCGUCCCCUCGGCCAGUCUCCCUGCAGCUGCUGCCGCUCUCCCUGUACCCAAAACCUGACGCCGCGCUGCGCCUGCUGCAGAAAUGGUUUGGCACAGAUAUGCAGAUGAUUAAUUUAACAACUGGUGAAUUCCAGCUCACCAAAGCUUGCCCUUACCAGGGUGAGCCCUCAGAGUCCGGUUUGGACGCACUCCAUCUGCAUCUGCAGCCUCUGGAGAUGAGAAGGGUUGGUGUCAUGUUCACACCCGUGGACUAUGGAAAAGUCACCUCCCUCAUGCUGAUCCGGAAUAACUUGACUGUCCUCGACAUGGUUGCUGUGGAAGGAUUUGGAGCACAAGAGCUCUUGAAAGUGGGCGGAAGACUUCCUGGUGCAGGAGGGUCACUCCGAUUUAAAGUGCCCGAGUCCACUCUGAUGGACUGUCGUCGACAAUCUAAAGACAGCAAGCAGAUCUUAUCCAUCACAAAGAACUUCAAGGUUGAGAAUAUCGGGCCUCUUCCUGUAACCGUGACAUCGCUGAAAAUCAAUGGGUAUAACUGCCAGGGUUAUGGGUUCCAAGUGCUGGAUUGCCGCCCGUUUUCCCUGACCCCAAACACAUCCCGUGACAUCAGUAUCGUGUUUACUCCGGACUUUACCUCUUCCUGGGUCAUCCGCGAGCUGAUGCUGGUGACGGCCGCAGACCUGGAGUUCCACUUCACGCUCAACGUGACUCUCCCGCAUCACAUGCUGCCCUUGUGUGCAGAGGUGGUUCCGGGUCCCAGCUGGGAGGAGUCCUUCUGGAGGCUCACCGUCUUCUUUGUCAGCUUGUCCCUGUUGGGUGUGAUCCUGAUAGCCUUCCAGCAAGCACAGUACAUUCUGAUGGAAUUCAUGAAAACAAGGCAGAGGCAGAACGGCAGCUCAUCCUUACAGCAGAAUGGUGGGCCAGUGGACGUGGUCAGCUCCCAUUCUCACAAAAGCAAUUGCAAGAACUUUCUUGACACGUACAACCCGUCUGAUAAAGGCAGAGGGAAGAGCUGCCUUCCAGUGGGCCCGCCGCUGAGCAGGAUCCAGAAUGCGUCCAAGAGGAGCCCGGCCACGUAUGGGCAUUCUCAGAAGAAGCAUAAGUGCUCCUUCUACUACAGCAAACAGAAACCCAGUGCCUCCGUGGCCAGCAGUGCCAACAUGGCCACUGAGGAGAAGCAGACUUUGACCCUCGCCAGCUCCCUGUCAGCUGCUAGGGAAGAUGUUUGCGCCGAUGUCACGAGUGAGAACUGGGUCAGCCUCAAAUACACCAGUGGUGUGAACGUCGGCUUGCAGAAGAAUUUAACCCUCCCCAGAAAUGUACUGAUCAAAGAGGAAGACUCAGUGAGAAACACAGUUGUUGAUAACACUUCUUCAGAAUGUAGUAUGAAGGAGGGACCACAGACAUGUAUGUUUCCUAAGGAAACUGACAUUAGAACUCCAGAACCCGCGGCCGAGCUCAAGGAACAAGAGCCCUGCCCACAGAAGACUUCUAAGAAGCCACCUGAAAGUCCUUUGCCCAAAAGCCCACCUCAGUACCAGCAGUCAGACAUGCCAGAAGUCUCCAGGAAACACGGAAAUAACCAGCCAGUGCCUGUCAAGACCGAAGCGGACAGCGGCGAGACUGUGAAGGGGGCGGACACAAAGCUGUCUUCCUCCAGGAGGAAUCAGAGAGCAUCUCCAGAGGGCGCGUGCUCUGAGAAGCAGGACACACCGCCAUCACCAGAGCAGGAAGAUCCUUACAGGAGGAGGAAGCUUCAGGAGAAAAGAGAAGGAAGCACACCAGCUCUCGGUUGGAAUAAAAGCCGAACAUGUAGGAAAAACAAGAAGAGGGUUGCUGCCCAGGCCUCCAGGCCCUCUGAACAGAGUGAACUGAAGCUCGUGUGCGGUGGCUUUGAGAGGCCAGAGCCCAGCGGGGACGUCAGAAGCUGGAGUACACAGGCCAGCACGAGGGAGAUGUGCAAACCUGGCGUGGAAACAUCGGGCAGCUUCCCUGCACGGAGAGAGGAGGACAGUUACUACCAGAAGGCUGAGAAGAAGUGUGCAGACAAGUUUUGCUCGGACUCCAGCUCUGACUGUGGCAGCUCCUCAGGCAGCGUGCGGGCCAGCCGGGGCAGCUGGGGGAGCUGGAGCAGCAGCAGCUCGGACUGCGACAGGAAGCCAGUGGUGGAGGCACAGCACUUCCCACCAGCAGGAGACGGCGUUUCCCCACAGGACUUCCCCUCGGAAGCCUCCAUCCCCUUGAACCUCUCCCACCACAUCUGCAGCCCCGCCGAUGCGAGUGGCCUGUCCCAGUUCACAGAGUCCUCCUCUGCCAGUCUUCCUGCCGUGCCCUCAGGUGCUGGAGAAGAGAAAGGUCUGUAUCCACCUGGAGGCCUGUGGCCAUCCCAGCCCGUGUGUCUGACCAGCAGCUUCAACUGCCCCGUGGAGAGCGAUGUACCAGGCACAUCACAGGAGCCUGCCGCCAUCCCUGACAGCAGUUUCAUUGAUUGGAGUGCAACCUGUGAGGGCCAGUUUCCCAAUGUGUACUGCCCGCUGGAACUGAACGACUACAACGCCUUUCCAGAAGAAAACAUGAAUUACACCAAUGGCUUCCCCUGCCCCUCCAAAGUUCAGACCGACUUCGUUGGCCACAGCACUCACUCUACCUGGAACUCCCCAGCCAGCGACCCCACUGCCUGGGAGCACACCAGUUUCGUCAACUCUCCGUCCUACCUCACCAGCACCCGAAGUUUGUCUCCCAUGUCUGGACUUUUUGGUUCCAUCUGGGCCCCACAAAGCGACGUGUAUGAAAGUUGCUGCCCCAUCAGCCCCACCACGGAACAUUCGACCCACAUGGAAAACCAGGUCAUGUGCAAGGAGUACUACCCGGGGUUUAACCCGUUCCGUGCCUACAUGAACCUGGACAUCUGGACUAGCACGGCGAAUCGCAGCGCCAGCUUCCCCCUGUCCCGGGACUCCAGCUACUGCGGAAACGCAUGAGGGAGUCGGCUCUGAGCUGUGCGAAUAAAGGGCCUUGCGUUUUGAUGCCUAGUAAACUGGUUGUUGAGAUAGAGUACGACAUUGGUGGAUAUUUUGGCACUUUUAUAUAAAAAAAUAAAUGUUUGUUUGUUUGUUUUUGUUUUUUUAAA